GGGAUGUUCUGCGUUAUUAGGGAGAGGGGGAGCGGAGGUACCGUUAUAUCAUCAGAGGCUGCCUACCAAGAAGGCGACAGAACGAGGAUCAAAGUGGAGUGCCGGCGAGCAUGGCAGCGGAGUCGUCUGCCGAAGAAAUGAAACCCUACGUCCUGAAGCAGACGCUCUCGGGUCACAAACGGGCGGUAUCGAGCGUCAAGUUCUCAGGGGACGGUGCGCUCCUCGGUAGCUCAUCCGCUGACAAGACCGUACGCAUAUGGUCGCCAGCCGACGGGUCCCUUCGCCAGGAGCUGGCCGGCCAUGCCCAGGGCAUCUCCGACUUCGCCUGGUCGACGGACUCCCGGUACGUCUGCACCGCUUCCGACGACCGUUCCAUCAAGAUUUGGGAUGUGCAGACGGCCACUGCCGUGAAGACCCUGCAGGGUCAUACCAACUACGUCUUCUGCGUCAACUACAACCCACAGUCCAACAUGAUCGUCUCCGGCUCCUUCGAUGAGACCGUCAGGGUUUGGGAUGUCAAGACUGGCAAGUGCCUCAAGGUGCUGCCCGCCCACUCCGACCCAGUAACUGCCGUGAACUUCAACCGUGAUGGCUCCCUUAUUGUUUCCAGCAGCUACGACGGGCUGUGCCGGAUUUGGGACGCAUCGAACGGCCACUGCAUGAAGACGCUGAUCGACGAUGAGAAUCCCCCUGUGUCCUUCGUCAAGUUCUCGCCCAAUGGCAAGUUCAUCCUAGCGGGCACUCUCGACAAUACGCUGAGAUUGUGGAACUUCUCAACUGGGAAAUUUUUGAAGACCUAUACAGGUCAUGUCAAUUCAAAGUUUUGCAUAUCGGCAAGCUUUUCAGUUACAAAUGGCAAGUAUAUCGUUAGUGGGUCUGAGGACAACUGCAUUUAUAUGUGGGAGCUUCAGACGAGGAAGAUCGUCCAGAAGCUGGAGGGCCACACCGAUGUUGUCAUAUCUGUUUCCUGUCAUCCUUCGGAAAACAAGAUAGCGUCAGGUUCUCUUGGUAAUGACUGUACAGUGAAGUUGUGGUCUCAGGAGAGUGAGUAAGGUUGUCAUGUAAGAAUGGAUUCCUUUGUAUGUGUCAUGUUGUUCUUGUCUGAACUGAUACAAUUGAAUCGGAUCAUUUCACAAGCCAUCAGUGUUGCAGCUCACAGUAUCGUUGUGUAAACGGAGUUCAUUCAACGCAAUCUAAAUUCAUCUAAAACUUUCUCGAGCUAUAGUUAUUA